CUCUGCCUCUCGCCCCUCGUCCCCAUCUGCUUCGAAACCCUGCUCUUUCGCCUCGGAACAGGUCACUGCACGAUGAGCCUCCAGUCGUUGCUAUGCUGCUUCAAGUCUGAUGAUGACGACGACCAAGGUGUCGACUUCGAUAGCGAAGCCGCAAAUGCCCGGCCAGUCGCGACCCCGUCUUUGUUCGGAACGUCCAAGGCGAGCUCCAAGGCGACCCCACCCGCCGAUCCCUUCGGCCCUUGGGUCCAUCCGGUCGAAGCCUUCAUUAAUAUGGCCCAAGAGGAGCCCGACGCCCUCUGCAUCAACACUUACGAGAGCGGCGAGUCUGUUCGCUACACCUACCUCGAGACUUGGAAGAGAGCUUACUCCUUGGCGCAGGGACUCAAAGCCCUUCCUGGCUGGAAUGACCACGGUCACGAAGUCAUAGGAACCUUCUGUGAGGGCGAGGCCUACUGGGUGUUCUUUUCAAUCGCUGUUUGGAUUCUCGGCAAUUGGUUGCCGAUGCACACACCGACGGUGAAAUUGGUUUGGGGGUGGUGGUGCUGACCGAACACCGCCUUGACAUCUGGAAGGAAAACCCUGAAUUUUGCCCUCAACUGGCCCCCCACAACACGAAAGGCCCUCUGUGAGAGACACUCGAUCAAAUACAUUCUGUUCCAUCACAUCGCCCCAUGUCGUAUCGACGGGGUUACAUUUGUGGAUGGCGCCACCAUCGAAACACUCGAUAAUCCUCCUCCACCCUCACUCCACCUCUGUGAGCUCAUUGACUAUUUGACAUA